UUCCUUGCUGUGGGACGGAUCAUUGCGGAAUGGAAUCGGGCCAUGUGUGGAGCGGCGCUGUGUCAGGCACACAAUAGGACACACCUUGGCUAGCUAGCUCGUUGUCAGCCAUGGAAUGGCAGCACCCUUCUGUUCACGUUUACAGUGACAGCCAUGUUGUAGGCUGUACUUUGUAUCACACUUUUUCUGUAUGUGUACAUGUUCUCAUUCCCAGCCAAGCGUACUUAACCAGCUGUCCCCUUAUACGUUUGUUAAAUUAGGUACUAGAAAUGGAAGCACGCCUUCACUGAACAUGUACACAAAUAUAACAAAUUUGUGCCACGUUUUCUAUCACAUAGGGCAAACAAAUUUAGACAUUCAGCAAACUAUAUAUCAGUGAUGCAAUGUAGUCAUUCAGGCGCAUACGUACAUACUUAUAUGCAGUGCUGAAUUUACCCCCUUUCUUAUAAUUAUUACCAUUUUGGUAUUAAAUUAUGUUUUUUUUGGGCGUACAGGCUCGUUUGACUGUUGGUUUGCUGAAGGAGACAAGCUGUCAAUCUCGUGGUUGAUUAUGUAGCUGCAUGGGAACCAUUAUUAUCAUUCAGAAUAUUGUAUCCACGGAAUUCAAGUUAUGGCAGCUGAAGAAGUCCCUGAACCGUUGAUCAAACUGAGGGAGGGGGGACUUUAGUUAACAUUUUUCAACAGCCAUGCAUAUAGCUAACUUUAAUUUAUCACCGUUGAUCCAAAUGUGAGAGACAAAAAGAGACCUUUCAAAUGAUGUGUUUCAAUCCAAAAUUUCUUUGAAGCCAUAAGUUGUCAUUUUUCGGCCUUAGACCAUGCCGGCUAUAAUCUAUGGUAUGGCCGUUCAUCUCCCAAAUAUAACAUUGAUGAUACCAAAGCAUCAUCUGCAUGUUUUCUUUUUUUGUUCCAUACUCCGUUCCAUAUUCUAUUUCAUUCCGCAUUCCUCCUUUUACAACAUGCCGAUAGGAUCCUGUGAUUGCUUAAGGGCACUUAAUGGGUAUCUACAUGUACAGAUAAUUAUACUAUGGUACCUGGUACCAUAGUGCUAGAAAUUAAUGCGUGAUACUAAAAACAUUAAUUGCGAGCGGCUAUCAUAUCGCAUACCUUUUGUAUCGCACAAUUAAUUCGAGGCCUGUACAAUCCACAAUGAAUUCAGGGCAUUUAUAAUUAUGUUUAUCACAUAAAUAUAUAAUUAUCGCAUAACGUUUUCAAUUGGCCAACUGCGUAAUUUUGUGCUCGCAUAUAUCCAUGCAGCACUAUAGUACUACAGGUAUAUACAGAAGAGGGCAUGCAACUCAGGCUAUUCUCACACUCAGCAAACUUCAUACUGUUACUAUUUUUAGACAUUCCACGUGGGUGGAAUGCUUGACUUUUGCACACUACUGGAUUCUAUUUAUAGUAUAUCCUGCCUCUGGAUAUGAAGUUUGGUAGGGUAGAUGUGAGUUUGAUGCCCUCUUCUUCUUACAAACAUAUCUAGCUACCUGUUAAUUGAUACCAUUGGACACCUACCGAUAUUUUAAGUGAGCUAUUUCAUUAAAAUGAACAUUCUGGGAACUGAUUUCCCUAAUGGGCUAUGAUAAGUAGAGGGAAGUAGAGGGAAACAGGUCCACUUGAGUUUAAUGAACAUUCCAUCCGAUAGAGUGAUUUUAGUCGAUUUCUUCACCCAGUUUUCAGUAAAUUCGAAAACAGCGGAGUGAGUGUGGCUAGCUGAACUUGCACAUUUGUAACAGAUCUACGUAGUUUUGUAACAGAGCAUAGUUUUUCGUCCAAAACGGCCGGGCCUGAAAUUGAUGUUUUGUUGUUUUGGACACACCAUCUGAGAACAGUAUCGAAAAUGUAUGUGACUUUCAGAAUUGAAUUUAUAAACACUAAACCAUGAGUUAUGAACCGUGUAGCUGGUAAUUUUCAUGGGGCAAAAUAUUAGUGGUUGAAGCUCUGACCACGAAUAUUUUACCCACGAAUGAAGUGACCUUGCCGACCUUUACCUGCAGUGCAAACAGAAACCACGAAAAUAUUAUCCACGAAGUGACUAGCUCAACCGCGAAUGUUUUGCCCCCCGGAAAUUAUCCGCUGUAUGGUAUCUUACAUGCAGCUGUCUGUAACAGUACACUACAGACCAAGUGCAAUUGCUAACUUUUACUUGGUGAUCCUUACCCAUAUCACAAUUACCAUGCAUCUGAGCUGGCUAUACAGAUAACAACUCUAGACUAGCUAUAGCUUUCUAGCUCAGACUUGCAUUUUGCUUGCGAAUUGGUACAGUCAGUUGUCACUGUUGUGUACUGGUUCUCAUCCUUGAGACAUUCAUUAUUGAGAGCCUAUAACAUGCAGCCAUGAGUGCAUGCACUCCUGAUACAGCAUGCAGCUUCAUACAGAUUAAUGCAAAGUUAUGCAGCAUGCAAAUCGAUCGAUGCAAGAUUCAACGCUUGGCUUCAACCGAGCUUUUUUAUAUAGCACCGUUGUCACUGAGCCCCACCCACUCAGACUAUUGUGAGGGCCUAUUGUGCAUUAGAACAAUCGUCCAGUACGUGGUCAAUAAGAGACAAUAAGACCAUAUCACAAUACACAUGCACUUGGUGUGUAUAGAUUAGUCAUUGUAUAGACUAGGAAGUAUCCAUAAUAUUGUCGUUGUAUUUUUAUUGUGUGCACACAUAGAACCCACAAUGGCUUCACCCUAUACACAUACCCACACUAGUAAGGCGAAUCAAUUACAAUGCCAACAAUGCUCUAGCAGUACAUUCCUGAGAGCUAGCCGAUACAAUUCUUGCAGCAAAGACACAACGAUUGCUCUAGUGUGUUCUCUCUGUCCUUGGCAACACUGGCUCCACCCUUCCCUCUGGCAAUCACAACAUACCAUUACUAGACAACACCAUGCAGAAUAAUAUGUCUGAACUGCUUCCUUUGUGUGUGUUCAUUGUUGGCUGUCCCUGCGUCCAUUGUCUGACCUGCUCCGCUAGGCAGGGCUUGGUGGGUUUUAUCUUCCUGUUGUCAAUAGUUGCUCAUUUAUCUUGCAGUGCAAGCUAAGAGCUGUACAUCUUGUUAUAGCUAGGAGAGCUACAACGAGACUCAGCUGUAGCAAAGACCAGCUAUUUCCACUCCUAACUCUCUAGCUCUACCUCAGUUAGGCCUUUGCACGAGGCAUUGACUAGGUACUAGUAUAGUAUAAGAAGAGAAGUUGUUCUCUGAGUUUUCACUUUGAGUUUGUUGGCAGUACAGAGAAGCUGUUAGCAUGGCCAGAGUGGCGCUCUUGUUAGCUGUUGUCUGCAGCCUUGUGUAUAGUUCUGUGGCAGUGAUUGGCCCCCCAGGCCCUCCCGGAAUCACACCCGACCCAACUGGACCACCCGGUCCACCCGGCCCUCCUGGACCACCUGGCAUACCUGGUUCCGACGGUGAUGAUGGACCUGAUGGAAACACUGGACCAGACGGUGACACUGGACCUCCUGGACCAUCCGGACCAGAGGGACCACCUGGACCCCCCGCUAUCUUGCCCCCUGGUUACUUUGACCCCAAGGGCCCAGCCCCCCACCUUACUGGAGUGAAGGGUGACGUUGGUGCCACUGGUGCACCCGGAGUGCCUGGACCAUCUGGAAUUAGAGGAGAUAUGGGUCACCCCGGACCCAAGGGAGGAAAGGGACCACAAGGAAUGAAGGGACUCUACGGCAAACCAGGACACCCCGGCGUCCCUGGACAUUCAGGGGAGACUGGAGAGAUUGGAGCACCUGGACCUAGAGGACCUGGCGGACCUGUAGGACGACGAGGUCGUGGUGGACCAGCUGGUUUCAAAGGCCCGGCUGGCAUCCAGGGAGCCACUGGACCCAACGGAGGACCUGGAGGUCCUGGUCCCCGCGGACCCCAAGGAGAGAAAGGACGUAAGGGACCCACUGGAGAUGUGGGUACAGACGGUGGCCCUGGACUACCAGGUGGUAAGGGAGAGACCGGACCAGCUGGACCUGAUGGACAUCCCGGACCUGCUGGCCCAAGAGGACCCGUGGGACCAAAAGGAGAGAAGGGCAGUGUUGGAAAGCCUGGACCCCACGGUUCAGAGGGCAAACGAGGAGUACCCGGACAUAUUGGUGCACCUGGAGGCCCCGGAGAUGCUGGAGACACUGGAGCUCCCGGACGUGAUGGAGCCGAUGGCAACCCCGGACUUGACGGAGCCCCAGGGCGUGACGGAGGUCCUGGUAUCCCUGGAGAGGUUGGACCACAGGGUGAGGAUGGACCACAUGGACCUAUCGGAUAUCCUGGUAUCCCUGGAGCUCAGGGUGCAGGAGGAGAUGCUGGAACUGAUGGUGAGGCAGGUGCACGAGGACCCAAGGGAAAGCCCGGUUCCCCCGGAGACGGUGGUCACCCUGGAGAGGAUGGAGUGAAAGGACACCAAGGAGAGCCUGGACCAGCUGGCAAAGAAGGUUCCCAAGGAGACACUGGACCAGCUGGAUCCCCAGGCCCAGUGGGACCAGUCGGAGAGAAGGGACCUGCUGGCAAGCCUGGUAUCCCAGGUCUCACCGGCAGAGCUGGUGCCAAGGGACACGCUGGAGCCACAGGAUCUCGUGGAGCACCUGGAGCUACUGGAUCACAUGGUGUUGACGGAGCCCCGGGUCUGCCUGGGUUCAGUGGAGCACCUGGUGCUGACGGAAGAACUGGACGACAAGGACGAGCAGGACUCAACGGAGCACCUGGAAGACCCGGUCCCGAUGGAGACCAAGGACCACUCGGAAACACAGGACACCCCGGACCCGCUGGAUCAGCUGGAGUACAAGGACCAUCUGGAGCUAGAGGAGAAGCUGGUGAGGACGGUAUUCCAGGUCUGCCUGGUGAGCCUGGUCAAGCUGGUCCCUCCGGAGAGAGGGGAGCUCCCGGCCCUAAGGGCCCAGACGGUGUGAAGGGACCAGAAGGAGACAAAGGACUACCCGGACCCUCAGGACCCGCUGGAGAUCAGGGUGAUAUCGGAUCCGCCGGUAUGACUGGAGCUGAAGGACCUCCUGGACCAGCUGGUGCCCAAGGAGGCAAAGGUGUACAAGGAGAGGAGGGAGACAAAGGACACCCCGGAUCUCAGGGAGAACCUGGCUUCCCCGGAGAAGUUGGUCGUGCCGGACCUCAGGGAGGACAAGGAGAAUCUGGAGACGAUGGUGCAGUGGGAGAUGAAGGAGAGAGAGGUAACCCCGGACACCCUGGACCAUCUGGACCUACUGGCCCAAGUGGAGUAGAUGGUCACGCUGGCAACUCUGGAACACCAGGACCAGCUGGAAGUCGCGGUCCCCGUGGUCCCUCUGGAGAGCAGGGUGCUACUGGCCUC